CGUGUAUAAAAUUAAACCUCUUGACUAUUUUCCCUAAGGUAUAAUUUUUAGGCGCUCAAUGGAGUAAGUCCUUUUGUGAGAAUCGCCAAACUGACAAUCUAAAGAAUGUGCAUGUGGGAAAGGUCACGAUAUGCCUCGGUGGGUCUACGUUUAUAUAACUCGCUACCGGAUAGUAGAAGAUUAAAGCUGAUUCAUGGCGUCGUGCGUUACAGACACGAUGGAGUGCAACAAGCACUCCGGAGAGAAGAUACAGAGGCUGUGUGCUAACUGUAAUGUUUUUGUGUGCCUCGAAUGCGUUUCUCAGAGCCAUGCUGGACAUGUGUUUAAAAAAUUUCGAGAUAUCAUGGAAGAAAAGAAAAAUGAGCUAGAACACAUUGUAAAGCUGACUAACAAUGAGACUGUUGAAGAUCUACAGAAAAAGGUUGAAAGAACCAAAAAACAGAAGGAAUCAUUUUGUGAAGACACCCAAAAUAAAAUUGAUAUGGUCCAGAAACGGGCUGAUGUUCUCAAAGCUGCUGUAGAUGCUGCUAAAGAUGGCUACCUAAAAGAACUGAAGACAACGAGGGAUGAUCAUGUGAAGGAAUUCGACGUUGCUGAGGAAAAACUGAAAGAAGCGAUAAGGUCAGUGAGAUGUCUGGUGGAAGGAUAUGAACUCGUACUGAAAUCUGAGAACCAAAGCUCUGUCAUCGAAUGCUCUCGUAAUGCCGAGCACGAAAUUGAAAGGUCAAUUCCAGCAGUGUCUAUUCCAAACGCAAGACAUCAGAAUUUCGUUUUCCAUGAUAUUGGCGACGAAAUUAAGAAUUUGUUUGCCAAGUUCGAAGACGAGGACUCCAUGGGAUCCGAUUACGUGGAGUGUGGAGGGAGCAGCGAUGAUGGCGAUCCGUCGGAGCUGAAAUUUACAUCCACCCUUACCAGACAACGGAGAUCGCCAAUCCGAAUCAAGAGGUGUAAAAGCAGAGCUCAGAACAGGAAAAUGAAUAGAAUUCUUCUCAGUGCCGACAUACGAACGCCCGCCAGAAUUAAAGUGGGAAGCGACGAUCAGAAGGUUACAUCGGUUCUUGCAGUCAGUUCGAGUGUAGCCUGGAUGAACGUUACCGGUGGGAAACAUUCUAACGAACUACAGAAAUUUCAGAAGCAUGGCCAGAUCUGUGACAGAAUUACCAGGGAAGCAGAAGACUGCUCGCUUGGACAAAAUGACAAUUUGUACACCACAGAGAAAGAUGGAUCUCAAAUAUUUGAAUACGAUCUGCAAGGUAAGACAUUCAGUACUGUUGCUAAUCUAGCACCUUACAUUGCCAAGGGAAUCAAAGUCAUGACAUCUGGUGACCUUGUGGUGUGUGUCAUUGACAAAAAUGAUUUCACGAUUUCUAAACAAUCGAAACGAACAAUUCGAAUCUUGAAUCCGACGGGGACAUUUAUAAGCGACAUUGAAUUUGCCGGGAAUACCAACAAUAAACUCUUUGUCCACCCACAUCGAGUUGAUGAAAGGGUAGAUGAUUUCUGUGUUGUAGAUCGUCUUUCGGAACAAGAAGGUCGAUUAAUCGUUGUGUCAAAAUCAAGCAAGAUUCGAUUCACAUACAACGGCGUAGAGAAAGAUUUGAAACAUCGAUUUGACCCUCAAGAUGUGACCGUUGCUAAUGACAAUUCAAUUUACAUCGCUGAUCGAAAUUUUGGAAUCCACCAUCUGACAUCUAUAGGACAGUUCGCGCGUUACUUGAUAACCUACGAAGACAGUCUUUAUCGCCCCCUGGCAGUUACAAUCGAUGAAGAGCAGACUGCCUGGAUUGGUUGCGAGAAGGGCAUUGUUCAGAGACUUAGAAUCCAGUACCAUGACAUCUUUAUUGGCGAAGUGGGCAGUGAAGUGUCUGAUGUGUAGUGGUCACCGAUCUGUCUGUUAAGUCAUGCUACUGGGGGUGUUGUUUAGUGGGUUGUUCUGUCUGUUCAGUCAUGCUACUGGGGGUGGGGGUGGGGUGGGGUGUUGUUCUGUGCAGUAGUAAUCAUAGGCGUCUUGAUAUGAUAUCAUUCAAAACACUUGAAUCAGUUUGCAAAACUGUUGAAUCAUUUACAGGUAUUUCUCAUAAUGAUAAGUACUAUUGUUGGUUACGUUAUUAUCCCACACUAGUGUGCAAAUCUGCAUUUAUAUCCAUAUUUUGAGGGGAAUGAGAGAAGUACACAAUAUUGUCAUUUACCGAUGUUUUGUCUGCAAUAAAUUUAUGCUGUUUCUGUGCCAAUCUCCAUACUCACGCAUGCCUUUUUAAAAACAUUUAUUACCAUCACUUUUAUAUAAAAUACUAAAUCUCUGUAUAGAAUUGUGUAAUUGUGACGAGCUAAAUAAAUUCAGUUCCGUUCAGUGAGGGGAUUGAAAGAAAUACACAAUAUUUACAUUUACCGAGGUUUUGUCUGUAAUUAAUUAAACCUAUGCUUUUACUGUGAGGGGAUUGAGAGAAAUACACAAUAUUUACAUUUACCGAGGUUUUGUCUGUAAUAAACCUAUGCUGUUACUGUGAGGGGAUUGAGAGAAAUACACAAUAUUUACAUUUACCGAUGUUUUGUCUGUAAUUAAUUAAACCUAUGCUUUUACUGUAAGGGGAUUGAGAGAAAUACACAAUAUUUACAUUUACCGAGGUUUUGUCUGUAAUGAAUUAAACCUAUGCUCUUACUGUAAGGGGAUUGAGAGAAAUACACAAUAUUCACAUUUACCGAUGUUUUGUCUGUAAUUAAUUAAACCUAUGCUUUUACUGUGAGGGGAUUGAGAGAAAUACACAAUAUUUACAUUUACCGAGGUUUUGUCUGUAAUAAACCUAUGCUGUUACUGUGAGGGGAUUGAGAGAAAUACACAAUAUUUUCAUUUACCGAGGUUUUGUCUGUAAUUAAUUAAACCUAUGCUUUUACUGUGAGUGGAUUGAGAGAAAUACACAAUAUUUACAUUUACCGAGGUUUUGUCUGUAAUAAACCUAUGCUGUUACUGUGAGGGGAUUGAGAGAAAUACACAAUAUUUACAUUUACCGAUGUUUUGUCUAUAAUAAACCUAUAAUGUUUAAAUGUAGUUUAUGUCUGGAUAAAACAACAGGCACUUAUAUCGCUUGGGGCCUAAUUACUAUAUAUAAGAGUACUCUUAUAAUAUAUAUAUAGUAAUUAGGCCCAAGCGAUAUAAGUGUGAUAGUGGAUAAAACCAAUGACCUUUCAUCUUGACGUCACAACCUGUGUAAUAUAUGGAAUAAAUGUAUAUAAACAAUGGUUCCAGAAGCAGCGGUAAUUUUUGCAUUUGUGGAUUAUACAAAAUCACACACUAUCUAGUGUUUAUAUACCCCUGUGAUAGCAGACAACAUCGACAUGUAUUCAUUAAUAGUUACAUUUCCAGUGAUGUUGCCUUUGAUAUCUCUACAAAUUGUUAUGAUAGAUCCUUAUGAAUGUGUUAAUUGCAAUCUAAUUAAAAUCAGAUCUUCUCUACCUGUUACCUUCUUUAGUGUAACGGUUUAGAGAAGAUCUCAUUUUUUAAAAUUAGAUUGGAAUGUGUUGUAUUUGAGAACAGUCCUCCAAACUGGGAGGGAAUAAAAGAGAUGAAACAGUAUC